AACAGCUGCCGCAAGCAAAUUUGCUGACGAAAAACUGCUAACGUUACCAAGGAGAAGAAAGUAGAGUAACGGAAUGAAGACUGAAUUACUCUAAACUUCAGAAUAUUGUUAAAAGGCGCGUGUAGCUGUUCAAACUACCUGUUAUAUAACUAUUUAGUCUUAAGCGAGAGGGAAAUAGGCGUGUGUCUCUGAGCAAGAGUUUUGCUGAAGCCGCGGUGUCGACUGGUUCUGUUGCGGGACUCCGGAGUUGCCGCAGAAGGGAGCAGCGUAGCGAUGGACCGCCCUCCCACCCUCCAGCAUUAUAAAGCAGCCAUGCUGCUGAGUGGCGUUGGUGAUGCUCUGGGGUACCGGAACCAGUUGUGGGAGUACAACGAAUCAGGCCCAACCAUCCAUCAGGAGCUUCAGGAGCUUGGUGGGAUCGAGAAUAUCACAGCAGAACUUCCUGACUGGCCAGUCAGUGAUGACACUGUCUUACACCUAGCAACUGCAGAGGCCCUUGCAUCUGGGAAAGAAGGGGAGGAGCUUUUACAAGAUGUGGCAUUUCGCUACGUGGAAGCCAUGAAAGACAUGGAGGGUAGAAAGCCAGGGCCCUCUAGCAUUUGGGGUGUGUCCCAGUUGAGACCGGGAUGUGAAGGAGGUUACAGGGUGCCUUAUAACCCAGACGGAACAGGCUGUGGGGCUGCCAUGAGGUCCAUGUGUAUUGGACUGAGAUACCCUCACCCAGACCAGCUUCCCGCUCUAGUCUCUGUUGCUGUGGAAACUGGACGAAUGACCCACCCUCAUCCCACUGGCUUCCUUGGUGCAGUGGCAGCUGCACUGUUCACUUCAUACGCCGCACAGCGCCGGCCAAUCAUGACCUGGGGGUUGGGACUGGUGAGAGAAGCCUGCCCAAUUGCCAAGAGUUACAUCCAAUCACAGGGCUAUGCUGUGGAAGAGACUUUGAGAGAUUGGGGAUAUUUCACUGAGAAGUGGGAAUGGUACCUCUCAGAGAGGGGUCUGUCAUCAGGGGAGGGGCCUGUGCGCUGGCCAGACUCCUAUGGGCCAGCUGAGAGAGACUUGGCCUACAAGAGUUUCAGCCUGUCUGGGUGGGCGGGCCGCAGCGGGCAUGAUGCUCCUAUGAUUGCGCUGGACUCGUUGCUUGGGGCGGGGCCUGACUGGAAAGAACUCAUGAGCCGUGCAGGUUUUCACGGAGGUGACAGUGACAGCACCGCAGUGAUCGCAUGCUGCUGCUGGGGGCUGCUCUACGGCACCGAGGGAGUUCCAGAGUGUAACUACAGUAAACUGGAGUACAGGGACAGGCUGGAGAACAGUGCUGAGAAACUGUACGCUCUUUCACACUGACCAGCUGAAUGUGUGUACAGUUUUACAAAGUAGUCGACUGUGCCUCAGAUUUCAUUUAAUUAAUGCACUGACUUAGACAAUGCAAAGGGAUGAAUUGCCUUCACUGCGAUAGCUUUGAAUAACUUUAAACAAAUCUACAGGGAUAUCAUUAAAUUUGAUAUUCAAACUCUGUUAAACUGCAGUUAGAAGUAAUGCAACCAUGCAGUGCUGUAACUCCAUAGUUUGAACAGGUCAGGUUGGUGUGGUAUAUGACAGUAGGAAUGGAAUUGUAUUGGUAGUAAGAACCCACUGCUGCUAAGUUGCUAACUGUGAAUAGUUUUAAUAAAACAAGUGAAAUGUAUUUUUCAAGUUGGUUAUAAAGUUUGUAAAAUACAGUAUUCGGUAGGUUAAUUUUCAUACCUAGUUCAUGCUUAGCACCAUACUCUCCUGGGUUGGAGCACAACAAGUAGGUGAAAAUUAUGCCCCAGCAACUGCCCAUGUCGUCAUCACUAUUGCCAACUAAAGCCUAGAGUGAGGAGUGAAGUCCACUCUCAGUGCACCAAGGCAAAGUCUUGCCUAGCGGCAGUAAUGCAUGAGUUGUGGCUGAGGCAUAGCAGUGUACUUGCCUUCAAAGCAGUUUAGUUCUAUAGCUUAUACAUGUCAUUUGAUCUGUCAGUCAGUCCUGCACUUAAUA